GAGCAGCAGGACACACUCACACACACACACACACACGCGCUCACACUCAGCCAGAGUAACGCGCGCUGUCAGACGCGCGCGCGCGCAGGAACGGAGAGCACUAUUGCAGCCGCUGCAAACCUUUUUCACCAAAGGAGUUUCCCCCCAUCCCGGAGAGCAGCAUCACCCCACUGAUGACUUUUCCCCACCUCCUGACAUCCAGACCGUGGAUAAACCUGAACGAUGCACGAUUUCCGACGAUGCGCGAUCGCUGGAGCGCGCACACCGCACGCCGCACGCGCCACGACUAAAGACUUAACACCAGACCUAACGAAAUCCGCUCGUGUCGUUCCCGGAGUUGCACAACGAGAUCUGAAAAGUCCCGGAAACGAAAUGCACGAGGAAAUCUUCCCCAAAGCCUGAUCUUAAACAUUUUCCUUGGACUCGGACGUCUUGGAUGAAACCCGCUUUGUGUGUACGCGUGCGUCUUAGUUGUGUGCGUGUGUUUUGUUCCGUCUGCGGGAUCCUUGUUUCUGGAGAAAACACCCUGGAGCUAUAGGACAGGUUUUAAAUGCAGGGAAAUGGACCCAAAUGCCCCAUGCGAGCGAGGCUGUGUCAUUCAGAGAGCAGCCGGCUGUGACCAGAGAGGAGCUCGUCGCUGAUAAAGCUGCCAAACGUGCUGUUUUGGUCCACGCACUUAAAUCGGCCCUCCCUGGCCUCCGAGUGAAAAUGUGAUGAGCUUGGCUAUCAGUCUCAACCCAAGCAUGGAUGGAGGCAAGCAAGGGAGGCACGCAGGCUAAUGAGACCAUUGGUCUUGUGUUGGGGGGGCUUAGGACAGCCAAUUACACAAGGAUUACCAACUUUUCUUCAGCAUAGCUCCGAGAGCUCUUAAACAUUUCAACCUGGUGGAUUUUAUUCCUUUUUUUAUUGCUUUAUACUUGCAGCCCCUCUAUUCUAUUUGUUUUCUCCCCACCAAAAAUGGAGAUACAGGUACGAAUAUGGAAUAAAGAUGUGAUGAUCUUUAUAAGACCAUGGAUACCGAUCCUACUUGGCCUUCACAUGCAGUUCUCCUGGGCCACGACGUGCCCGGAUGAGUGCCGCUGUGACAGGACCUUUGUGUACUGCAACGAAAGGAGCCUAACAUCAGUGCCUCUGGGGAUAGGUGAGGGCUACAAAACCCUCUACCUUCACAACAACCAAAUCAACAACGCUGGAUUUCCAGCAGAGCUGCACAACGUUGCUUCAGUAGAGACGGUGUAUCUCUACGGCAACCAGUUGGACGAGUUCCCGGUCAACCUGCCUAAAAACACACGGGUGCUCCAUCUGCAGGAGAAUAACAUUCAGACAGUGUCACGUGCGGCUCUGGGCCAGCUGUUGCGCCUUGAAGAACUCUUCCUGGAUGACAACUCUAUCUCUACAGUGGGUGUGGAGGAAGGGGCAUUCAGGGAAGCCAUCAGCCUCAAAAUCCUCUUCUUAACCAAGAACCAUUUGAGCAGCGUGCCUAUCGGACUCCCUGAAGAGAUCAAGGAGCUGCGUCUCGAUGAAAACCGGAUAGCUUUCAUCAGUGACGAUGCUUUUGAAAAUGUAACAGGGCUUGAGCGCCUCCUUCUCGAUGGAAACCUCCUAACAGAUGAAGGCCUAGCCCCAGGAGCAUUCCAAGGAUUGGUUAACCUUAAAACCCUGUCCAUGGCACGAAAUUCCCUGAUGGUCCCUCCUCUUAACCUGCCUACCCAGUGCUUGGUCAAGCUCAACUUGCAGGAUAAUCUGAUGAAUGAGAUCCCUUUGACUGCCUUCCGAGGCCUGCACCACCUCGAGAGACUGGAUAUUUCUAACAACCAGCUGCAGUCUCUCACACAGGGGGUCUUUGAUGGCCUCCUUAGCCUGAGACAGCUCACUGUUCGAAACAAUCUUUGGCUCUGUGACUGCAACAUUAAAUGGGUCAUAUUGUGGCUAAAGUCCUUGCCGUCGACGCUCAACGUCCGCGGCUUCAUGUGCCAGAAGCCUGAGAUUGUGCGUGGUAUGGUAAUCAGAGAGCUAAACUUGGAGAUGAUCCAGUGCCCCAGCAGUACGGCCAUAGUGCCACGAUCGACACAACAGCCCACACACUCCUCUUUGCCUACUGCUGAGUCAGCCACUCAAACAGACUCUACAACCCCAAAUUAUGUCCCUACUCCCAGCUCUGCACCCACCCAACCUAUCUUGCCAACCAAUCAUGGAGAUAACGAACUGAGGACAGAUGCCCCUGAAGAUCCGGUGCAGGAAUCGCUUCGUGUUUCCUUUAUUGUCCUUAAUAGCACGUGCAUCCAGGUGAACUGGAUUUCUAGCUUCACUGUCACGGCAUACAAAGUGACCUGGGUCAAGAUGGGCCCCAGUCUGAUCGGCGACCCCAUGCAGGAGACUAUGGUUGAAGGUGAGCAACAGAGAAUACACCUGUCCAGCCUGGAUCCCAAAUCCGUCUAUCGAAUUUGCGUUGAUCCUCUGGAUGCUUUCAACAAUUAUCACACAGGAGAAGAUACGAUUUGCUCGGAGGUCAUGACCAAGCCGGCCUCCUACGACUUGGACGAGAAGGCAGAGCAGGCGAGCCAACAGGACUUCGGCUCGUCUCUGCUGCUGGCCGGCUUGAUCGGAGGGGCCGUGCUUGUCGUCCUGGUGCUGCUGCUUAGCAUAUUUUGCUGGCACAUGCACAAGAAGGGACAGUCAUCCUCAUCCAAAUGGAAAUAUAACCGAGGGAGGAGGAAAGAUGAUUACUGCGAGGCAGGCACAAAAAAGGAUAACUCCAUCCUGGAAAUGACCGAGACUAGCUUUCAGAUAGUUUCUUUGAACAACCAACAGCUCCUUAAAGGGGACUAUCGAAUUCAGCCUAUUUACACCCCUAAUGGAGGCCUCAGCUACAGAGACUGCGACGUGGCCAACAACAGUACGAGCUACAGCAAGAAUAGCGUUCCAGUGUCUAACCCUUGCCAUACAUGAUGGUUUUUUGAAAGGUAUUAAUCCUUUGUAUAAAAAAAAAAUCAAAAAUUAAAUAUGCUGUACAGUAUAUAUUUCAAAGAUGAACUGUAAAUGCUGUAAUUUAUACUCUUAUCAGUGAUAUCGCCUUCUUUUGUAUCCAGAGUAAAAUGCAAAAACAAUUUAUGA